UCACAAGUUAUAAAAACUUGAUAAAUCAUUAGUCAAAUUAAAAACAUGGUUCGAGUGUGUGCCUAUCCAAGCUGUUUCAAUCAAAUGAAGCGUCGGUGCCUGAGGAGAUCCCGUUAUGUGACUUUCCACAAGUUACCUGUCCAGGACCCUGUAAGGCUAAAACUGUGGCUAGGAGCUCUUGGCAAGGAUGUCGGUACCGCCAACGUGGAUUCGCUCAGGGUCUGCAGUGAACACUUUUCAAAGGAUGAUUUCAAAAUGUGUAAAGGAAGACCUUUAUUAAAGACAACAGCUGUGCCGACAGUGUUACAGCUCAGUCCUGGUGCCAUCCUAUCACUGAACAUUAAAUCUGAGGAAGAGGAACCGUGGAGCCCCGAACAUGUGUUCAGUUCUGGUGCCAUCAUAUCAUUAAAGAUUAAAUCUGAGGAAGAGGAACCUACGAGGAGCCCCAAACAUGAGCUCAGUGAAACCUCAGAUGUUCAUGAGACUUUAUUUAAUGGCUCAGAACUACAUGAAAACAGCAUUCCCUGCUCUGGAGCAUCAGAGGAUCUCUCACCAGAUGCUUCGUCCUCCGCUCUUGCUCAGACACAACAGAAAGAGCUGACAACAGACGUGAACCAGAAAAUUGCUGUACUUCUGCAAAUGAAGGGAAAGUUUGUGGUGAAUGAGAAGUGCCUCUUCCAGCUGCUUGGACGCAAUUGCCCCUCCUGUCAGAGCAAGUUACAGAUGGAGAAGGUCACCUAUGAAGCGUUCCUCAUCUUGAACCAACGGUGUCUGAAGUGCGACUACACCAACCAGUGGAAAAACAUGGCCGGUGCCCAUAUCCCAGCAGCAGAGGAUGGAGACGCUGUAGAGGAGACAUCAGAGAGUCAACAGGCCGCGGCGCCAUCGUUCAACAGUGCAGUUGUUUCUGAGAUUGUCGUUUUCAGCGAUGAAGAGAGUGACGCCUCGGAAAAUGUGGAGGAAGCGGAAGAAGAAGAUGAAUCGAGUAAAGACGAGGAGUGGAAUCUAACGGGGGAGGUCUUGCUGGCCGAGGAGCUCGAGCUGGAGUCCGAGAAUGAGGAAGCUGAGGAGGAAUCCACUGACGAGAACAAGUUGGGGGGCGGUGUCGUCCGUGAGCUCUGUGCAGAGUGUGGAAAGUUCUUCGACAAAAGAAAGCAUCAUGUCUGUGCGCACAAAGGGAGGCCCUUUGCCUGCAAUGUCUGUGGCAAGAGAUGCGUGUCGGAGCUGUCCUUGAAAAUCCACUCCCGGAUCCACCAAGAAAACUACCAGCAUCUCUGCAAGUACUGCUAUCUCCCUUUCAAAACCAGAGUGGACAAACAGAAGCACGAGGACGCCCACAAAAUGAAAAACGAUCCCUACAGCUGCUCCGACUGCCCGCAGACAUUCACCUCAUAUAAACAACGACGCAGUCAUCUGCUGACUCACCGAGGCCUCAGGGAGCGCAAAUGUGGAGUUUGUGGGAUGGUUUUCACAAGUUGGGAGCAUCUGGGGAGGCACUCCUUCGUGCACACGGGGCUGAAACCACACAAGUGUUCAGUUUGCGACCGUAGCUUCAAGCAGUCAUCCCACCUGAAAUCCCACAUGCGCCUGCACACAGGGGAGCGGCCGUACGCCUGCUCGCACUGUGACAGGGCCUUCAAUCACAACGUCAGCUUGAAGAGUCACGUCCAGCAGUGCCACGCGUCCAACGGCGGUGCUCAAGACGAGACGGGCCCAGACGUCGAGUUUGACGGUGUUGAAGAGGAGCCGAAAAAGAAAGCAAAAAAUGACCUGAAAAGGAGGAGUUCGGGUCGGCCCGUAGGAAGGCCGAAGAAAACCGCAGAAGAAAAGAACCUUUCAAACACGGCAAGGCCAAAGAGAAGGAGGCCGAAGAAAUCCACCUCCAGUGACGAGGAAAGUGAGGAUGAUGGUGAUUUAUCCUUUGAAUCAGCAGAAGAGGAUGAAGAGGAAGAGGUGAAGAAGCACAGAGGCCUUCCGAAAAGAGCCAAAUAUGACAGUGACUCUGAUUUCAACCCAUAACUCACAAGGAGAAAGAGGACCGAAGCAAAAGAAGUGCAGCAGCCAGAGCAGUGGUGAGGGCUCCGGGAAACCUCGAGGAAGAUGGAGGAAGACCGAGGAAGAGAGCCAUGACCUCAGGGAUUUGAACACAGAAGGACUAACUUACAGGAAUCAAUCAAACCACACACUGCUUUUCAGAAACGUUUUACCUCGUUCUUUGUUCUCAGGAGGGAC